ACACACACACACACACACACAAACACACACACACACACACACACAGCCUCCCUGAGAAGAGGCGCAUUCCCCUCUCUGCUCUCUGAGAUUUCUGUUGCUUCCCUGCCCAUCUGUGCUCUCAGCAGCACCAGCAAAGUUGGCCUCAAACUUGAACGAAGCUGCAGGCUCCAGCAUCUUUCUGGGAGCGCCGCAGGGGCAGCAGGCAGGCCACAGCCUCUGAACUCAGCUGGCCUUGAGAAGCCCAGCCCAACCCUUCCAGCACCCAGCCCGCCCUCCGUCGCCUGAGGGACGCCUCUGCCCCCGACCUGGAGGCCCUCAGUCAGGGCUGGGCAAUGGUGCACUGAGGUCCCUCCAGAGUCCCUUGUCCCAGCCUGGAGCUGCAGCCGUGCAAGGCCCAGGCCCACAUGGCCAAUCUUGUGCAGCCCGAGCUUCCUUCAGCACAGGAGCCAGGCUCCACCGCACCCCUGGACCUGCCGGAGAUGGAGAAACUCCUCACCAAGGCAGAGGACAAGGAAGACAAGACCCUCAAUCUGUCCAAGACCCUCGCGGGGCCUCUGGACCUGGAGCAGAAUGGCCACGGCCUGCCCUUCAAGGCCAUCUCCGAGGGGCACCUGGAGGCCCCACUGCCUCGGUCCCCCUCCCGGGCCAGCUCAAGAAGGGCGUCCUCCGUCGCCACCACCUCCUAUGCCCAAGACCAAGAAGCCCCCAGAGAUUACCUCAUCCUGGCCAUCGUCUCCUGCUUCUGCCCCGUCUGGCCCCUCAACCUCAUCCCCCUCAUCAUUUCCAUCAUGUCUCGAAGUAGCAUGCAACAGGGCAACGUGGACGGCGCCCGGAGGCUGGGCCGCCUGGCUCGGCUGCUCAGCGUCACCCUCAUCGUCAUGGGCAUUGUCAUCAUCACGGUGGCCGUGACCGUCAACUUCACAGUUCAGAAGAAAUAAACUUAACCAGGGAGCUGGGCUAGCAGAGGCCGGCCCUGGCCAUCAGGAGACCUCUGACCCACACAUCCCACACACCGCGGGAGGCCGGGGUGGUGACUGUCAAGCAUUCCCCUGUCCCCAAGUUCUAAAAGCACAAACUCAGAGGGAAACUCCCCAGUCACCCAUUGUCAGCCGCCAUCCGACGGGAAAGCCUGGAGAGAGGAAGGAAAGCUCAGCGAACCCGACGGGUGACGUGGUUUACUCUCCUGGGCGUGUCCUGGGAUUUCAACCCCAGCACUCUGGCUUGUUUCUCGUUCGCACAAUUUCCCGGGUUCUACCAAAGAACGAAACUGCCAGGAUGAGGAAAAAACCCAGCCCCACAAACGAGACACACGCCGGCGGGGAGAGACGCAGCAGAGUUCCUUCGUGUCUGUGGACCAGGAGCAAAGACGUGGGGCCUCAUCUUUUGUAUUUUUCUCAAGCGGGGAGAGAACAGACUGUUUGCAUGCUUCGUGUCACACGCCUGCUGCGAUCCCAGCCAGGGCCCCAAGCACAGAGGUGGAGCUGUGCUCAGCACAGGCCCGGGACACCCCCGCCACAGGACCUGUGGGGGUGCAGCUCCCGGGAAGGAGGCAACCGCCUCACUUGACAUCCUCCGCUGCAAGGUGAUGGUGCCGAGAGGCAGGCGUGUCUGUGAAGACAGGUGCUGGGACGGUGUGACCCGCAUGCCUCUUCCCAAACCUGUCAGCUUUGGAAGCAUCUCUAGAGGACUCUGGUCCCAGGAUGUCUCCCAGGACAAGCCAGUCUGCCUGUUCCUCCUACUUCUGCUGUAGCCCGGGGCACCGACCAGACCUGGCCAAGGUCAGUCAGUGGGGAGGGCCGAGGUCUGAGCUCUUGUCCUGCCGUGGCCUCCGCAAUGGCCUGGGAUGCGAGCUCGGGGCCCCGGUGGUGUGUCUCAGGUGGUGGUUUCAGGCCUCCAGCCCAGCCCUAUGCUCUGCGCUUGGCCCUGGGCCCCUGGCCAUCCACAAACAGCCGGGGCCUUCCCUGGAGGAGGUUUUGGGACCAUUCCUGGGGGACUUCCCAAGGGGUCCCAGGCUGUCAGGGGCGUUUGUGCCACCUGCAAGGGCGUGGGCCAGAGUUUUUAUGGGGGUCUGUUUGACAGUCCUGAGACCGAGGGAAGGGCUCGGCUGAAGGGCCCCGUCUGCAGAGUAGGGGGACCAGGUUUGGGAAUAAACUUGCAUGCACAGAGCCUGGGGCCUGGAUGCCACGGCCUGUCUUAGGACCUAAUGGGAUCCCCGAAAGGAGCCAAGCGGGGUCCUCGGCCUCUUCCCCCGUCCCAGGCCCAUGAUUUUCCCUAGACUUCUCCCUGGCCCAGGCUCCAGCCACAGGCACCUCUCCUGCCCCCGCCUACCCCCGCCCCCGACUGCAGCUCCCGGGCCUUGGAGAGGGGAGCUCCAGGCUGUCCUGCCCUAGGAGGCCCCACCUCACAACCAGAGUCAACGCCUUCAUGGGAAGGGUUCCCAGCCACAGUCAGGCUGGCCCAAGGCUGUUGAAGUCAGCAUCCUUUGUGCCCCAUCAGGACCCUCCUGCCUCCUCUCCAGGGCCCUUGUUCAUCUCCCCACCCUCCUCAGAGGCCCAGGGUCACAGAGGUUCUGUCUGCAGGGAGGGGCCCUGGGUCUAUGCACAGCUGGAGCUCUGAGCCUUCCAGAGCCCAUGAGACUGCUGCAGGGCAGGGGUGCAGGGCUCAGGGGUGCCAGGUUGGUCCUUUGGAGCUGGUGUUCCUACGUCCGUCCCCCACCUGCAGAAUAAACUCCAGCCUCUCCUGGUCAUACAGAAGGGACUGGUUGGGUUUGCUUAAUGGGAUCUUUGAGGCCAAAACCGAUGCCCCUAUUUGUGGGGGAAGGGUGUGAGCACUGAGUCUUUGUGUCACUCGUGAAGUCACGUGACACGGGGGAGACGUGAGGUCGAUGGAACUGGCCCCGCACGGGCUCUGGAAGGAGAUGAUGCAUGGGUGUUUUCCCGGCAGGCCCCCGGGGUCCUCAGCCUCAGCAACCCAGGGAGAGGAGAGAAACGAACCGAUGGUUGAGGGAUUGUCACGGGAGGAACACGAUACCCGAAGGGACUCUAGGUGCCCUCGGAGCGCACACAUGCCCAGACCUUUUCACACCCGCACAAAUAGGCUCCGCCAUGCACUCCUCCACACACACACAGACACGCUUGUUCACACUCAGAAUCCAGGACAGCCCACAGGCCCUGCUUAGGGGAAGCCACUGCAGAUGCCCCAGGAAUGGGCACAGCCAGGGCGCUCUUCCAGGCAGGCGAGGAUGACUUCAGAGUUUCCUCGGGCGCCAGGGACAGAGCUCAGAGGCCCCCGAGGUGUGUGGAGGAGGCGGAGGCCCGCAGAGCACAGAGCAGGAGGAGAGCUCGGGCCCUGGAGGAGAAAGCCAUUCUGGACGCCAGGGGACCUGGACGGAGGGUCCCCCAGCCCCUGCCCCACACCACCUGGACGCCGGAGGGGUCAGUGGCCCUGCUGACCUGCAUGAACACAGUGGCCCGGCUUAAGGCACUAACCCAGCCUCCCCCUGUGACCCACAGGGAGUAUCAAGACCCACCCCUCACACUGCCUACACCAGUGACACCGCUGUGUGUCUUCGCAUGGAAAGAAAUAAACCUGAAUGUGCAUGCUCG